GACUCAGGGGCAACAUGAACCCCUUACUGUGACACAUGGAUUCGAGAACACAGGUCCAACAACACAAAAGAUGCAUGUGGUACAUACUCUGAGCUCUCCCUCAGAUUUUAAAGAAUCCACCACCACUGAGUCUCCAUCUCCAACCACAAACCGGACUUUUGUGCAAUGCAUCUUUGUGGCCCCAGAGCCUGAGCAGGAGACCCCCACAGCCCCUCCAGCCCCUCCAGUAACAACUAUCACUCCUGCUUCACCUGGAGAUGCUCCCCACAUUAAAGGCGAAUACCCUAAAGAUAUAUUUUCUGUAGAAGACCGAAGACAAGGCUGGGUGGUCCUCCACAUCAUCGGGAUGAUGUACAUGUUCAUUUCACUUGCAAUUGUGUGUGAUGAGUUCUUCGUUCCUGCUCUUGGCGUAAUCACAGACAAGUUAGCCAUCUCUGAUGAUGUGGCAGGAGCCACCUUCAUGGCCGCUGGAGGCUCUGCCCCUGAGCUUUUCACCUCUUUGAUAGGAGUGUUCAUCGCCCACAGUAACGUGGGUAUUGGCACGAUCGUUGGAUCAGCAGUCUUCAACAUUUUGUUUGUGAUAGGAAUGUGCGCUUUGUUUUCACGGGAGGUUCUUCGUCUAACCUGGUGGCCACUUUUCAGAGACGUAUCCUUCUACAUAUUUGACCUCAUCUUACUAAUCCUGUUCUUCUUGGAUAAUGUCAUAAUGUGGUGGGAGAGCAUGAUGCUGGUGACCAGUUAUACCGUCUAUGUGAUUUUCAUGAAGUUUAAUGUGCAAUUAGAGCGAGCCUUCAAGACACAACUCCACAAACACAAGAACAUUGUCAAAAUUAUCGCUGUGGAGGAAGAGGAAAAGUUGAAGCCUUCCCUGCAGCGAGGGGGGAGCUCAGCUUCUUUACACAACAGCACCAUGAGAAACACCAUCUUUCAGCUUAUGAUCCACACUUUAGACCCCCUAGGAGAAGGGAAAUUUAAGGAUAAGGCUGUGUCUCUGAAUAAUGUGGCUAGACGGACAGAAGAGAGAAAAACUCAGGACAAAAGUGAAGAUGCAGGGGGGAAAAGCGAGCAGACCAAAGAGCCAGAGGCCACCCCGGCUACACAAGCAGAGAAAGAGAAACAGCCAGAGGACAAGAAGGAGGAUGUACCAGGAGGAGAAGGAGAGGAUGACAAAGGAGGCUCAGAGGACUCUGAUAGUGAUGAUGAUGAUGACAGUGAUGAAGACAGUGAUGAGUCCAGUGAGGAUGAGGAAGAAGAGGAUGAGAAAGAGGAGGAACCUCUGUCUUUAGCCUGGCCUGACACACUACCUAAACAAGCCACCUACCUCUUCCUGCUGCCCAUCAUCUUCCCUCUGUGGCUCACAGUUCCUGAUGUCCGCAACCAGAAAUCCAGAAAGUUCUUCGCAGUCACUUUCCUUGGCUCUAUCCUGUGGAUUGCUGUCUUCUCCUACCUCAUGGUGUGGUGGGCCCAUCAGGUUGGUGAGACCAUCGGCAUCUCUGAGGAGAUUAUGGGCCUGACGAUUCUGGCUGCUGGGACAUCCAUACCUGACCUCAUUACCAGUGUAAUUGUGGCACGUAAAGGCCUUGGGGACAUGGCAGUGUCCAGCUCUGUGGGCAGUAACAUAUUUGACAUCACUGUAGGUCUUCCAGUCCCAUGGCUCCUGUACUCGGUCUUCCACGGUUUUGCUCCAGUGGCAGUGAGCAGCAACGGACUCUUCUGUGCCAUCGUGCUUCUCUUCAUCAUGCUCCUCAUUGUCAUCAUCUCCAUCGCAUCCUGCAAGUGGAGCAUGAAUAAGACUCUGGGUUCCACUAUGUUCCUGCUAUACUUUAUCUUCCUGGUGCUCAGUGUGAUGCUGGAGGAUCGCAUCAUUGUCUGCCCCGUGUCCAUCUGAUCGUGUGAGCAGAGGACUUCUUGUUACUUUGACCUGAAGCAGAGGUGAUGACCCUGGUCAAAGCAGCUAUAGUUGCUCUUUAUUUCUGUCAGUGGAAGAACUACUUUUAGCAAAAAUCACAGCUUUUACAUAUUUUUUUUUAGAUCACACCCAAUGAUGCAAAACCUCUCUCAAAAAAGUGUAAUAACAUGAACACCAACAGUGAUGCAAACAUAUUUUACACUGUUUACAAAACAAAAAGGCAUUAGAAAUCUAGGAUGUGUAGAAUUUUAUAGGAAUUAUGAAAUUCAUAAAUGGGAAUUUUGUAUAAUACACUAGACCAGGGGUUCCCAAAGUGUGGGUCCCGACCCCCUGGGGGGUCGUGAGACACA